UUCUCUUUCUCUAUUGCACUAGGGUUCCGUCGGCCGCAUUUUCAUCUUCUUCGGAUUUGAUAAUAAUGGAAACGGAACUUCCCGUCGUCACAGAGCCUCAGUCGAUUCAGUCUCAAUCAGAGGUCAAGCUCUUUAAUAAAUGGAGUUUUGACGGCGUUAGUGUUGGUGACAUUGCUUUGGAGGAUUACGUUGCUGUGUCCACUGCCAAGGCUACAUUUGUUCCUCACACAGCUGGAAGGUACUCAGCCAAGCGGUUCAGGAAAGCUCAAUGCCCCAUUAUAGAGAGGCUUACAAACUCCUUGAUGAUGCACGGGAGAAACAAUGGAAAGAAGCUUAUGGCUGUUCGCAUUGUUAAGCAUGCAAUGGAAAUUAUUCACUUGUUGACUGACCUUAACCCCAUUCAAGUCAUUGUUGAUGCUGUAAUCAACAGUGGGCCGAGAGAAGAUGCUACUAGAAUUGGUUCAGCUGGUGUUGUUAGACGUCAAGCUGUUGAUAUAUCACCUUUAAGACGUGUUAACCAAGCUAUCUACCUUCUUACAACUGGUGCACGUGAAAGUGCAUUCAGGAAUAUCAAGACUAUUGCUGAAUGCCUUGCUGAUGAACUUAUAAAUGCUGCCAAGGGAUCAUCCAAUAGCUAUGCAAUCAAGAAGAAGGAUGAAAUUGAAAGAGUUGCCAAAGCUAACCGUUAAUUCUUGCUGCUUUCUGCCAUAUAUGUCGGAGUUUUGCUAUAAAUGAGUAGUAGCCUAUUUGUUUUAAGCUUGAAUUUCGCUUGUCAUCUUGUUGGUUGUUAUACUUUAAUUUGUGCUUCAAUUCUUGUAUGUGGAUUCACUCAAUUUUGAAUUUUUAAACUAAUAUUAUAAUAUGAGGCCUUAAAUUGUGGCCAUUGAAGAAAUCAAUAGAAUAUGAUUUAAUAUU